AUGGAUAUAAUCAAUUAUUUGACGGGAUUUAUUAGUGAGGAGCGGUUUGGAGAUAAUGGAUCUGGGGAUGUGAAAGAGUUGAAGGAGAACCAUGAGCUCCGUCGCCAUAUUAUGGCCCAUGAAUUCAUUGUGAGAGGGGAGAUUUUAGUAUGUCAGCAGACAUACUAUGCGAGCCCUGAAGACUUCGGAGAGAUGAAGAAUCUCCUCCGUGGUGCCCUUGAUGGUUGGGUCCGCCAUCCUGAUGGUUUAAGAAGCCAUCUAGACCAGGCUCAGGUCUAUAACCUGGUAGGGUACCUCGAAAUGUUGGGGGAUAGGAGGAACCCGCCACGUCCUGUUGAUGAGCUUGAAUACAGGAUCCGGGGCCGGUUCCUCGACGAUUAG